CGACACUUCUCCGCCCUCCAUUCGAAGAUACCGUCCCGCCCGCAAUGCUGCCAUUGAGACCUGCCUUCGUAUCAACAUCACACCGCAUCGCCUUUACCAACCACGGACAAGGCAAGCGAUAUCUCUGCUAGUGAUUCGACUUCCCUCUUGUGGCCGUCCAAUCGAUACCACUUGAUUGGUGCUUUGCUGCACCCUGACCCCGGCUCGAGGGAAGCCUUUCUGCAAUUGGGCAUGGAAACCAGCUCCAGCAUUGCCCCACAUUCACGUUGACGCGGAGGGCGCGUCGAGCUUCUGAGUGAAGGUUGAAAUAUAUGCCGGAGGCCUGUCGCGAACAUGGUCGCGUGUGCAUUUCCGCUAUCUUUCUUUCAGAAAUUUGAGAGUCUUCACAAUGGCGUCGGGUGACACUUCAUAUCUCAUCGUCGGAGCUGGCGUCUUUGGAAUUUCCACGGCGUAUCAUUUGAUCAAGAAGUAUCCAAAUGCUUCAAUCACUGUCGUGGAUCGCGAUGCAUGGGAUGCGGACAGCAGAGUAGCAGCUUCGUGGGACUGGAAUAAGGUCGUACGAGCAGACUACGACGACAUUCUCUACUGCAGACUGGCACUUGAGGCACAAGACAUUUUCAACUCAGAGGAACUCUUCAAACCAUUCUUUCACCAAACUGGAAUCUGGUGGGCAUGCAGAAGCGACUACGCCCAGGACGUGCUCAACAACUACAAGAAGCUAGGUCGAAAGGCCGAUCUCAAGGCCAUCACCAUCUCAGAGGCAAAGGAGCUGUUUGGUGGUCUGUUCAAUGAGGCAGACUACGAUGGCGUGAAGGAGGUCCUUCUCAACAAGACAAGUGGAUGGGCAGAAGCUGGCGACUGUCUCCAAGCAGUCACAAAGAAGUCCAUCGAGCUUGGCGUCAAGUAUGUUGUGGGAGAAGUGCAGACUCUGCAAUUCGGCAACAAUGGACAGUGCACAGGCGUGAGGUUAUCGAACGGCAAGUCUCUGACUGCUACGCACACAAUUCUCAGUACCGGAGCAUUUACAUCGAAACUUCUCGAAUGGAGUGCUGAAAGCAGUGGCAACAAGGAACUGCGUGCUGGCGAUAGAAUUCUUGCAGCUGGUAUCACUACUGGCAUGACCACACUCAACGACAAGGACUAUGAGAGCUUCAGAGACAUGCCAGUGGGUGUUCAAGGAUACACCGCAGCAACGGGACCUUUCAUUGGCAGUCUCCCGCCAACCAAGGACCGAGAACUCAAGUGGUGGGGUCAGACAAUCUUCAGCAACAACACUGAAGUCUUGCCUGGACGCUUCAUAUCUGCCCCUCCCGCGAAGUCAGACUAUGCUCAAUGGGACACUUCGAAACGCAUGAAGCAGGACAUUGACUACGCCAACAACGUCUUCUAUGGAAAGAAGGGUGCCAACUGGAAGUUUGACAAGUACCGUGUGUGCUGGGACGCAUUCACCACCUCCGCCGACUUCAUCAUAUCCCCUCACAGCGGUGCCAAAGGCCUCUAUGUCGCCACAUGCGGUAACUUCCAUGGCUGGAAGUUCUUCCCUGUUCUGGGCAAAUACAUUGUGCAGAUGCUCGAAGGACAAUUGGAGCCUGAGUUGAAGGAGAAGUGGGCAUGGGAUCGCGAACGACCAGAUCCUUCAUUGAACCCAGACUGGCCACGCGCCGAGUACAAGACGCUGUUGGAUCCUGUGAGGACAUCGAAGCUAUAGAUCAUGACUUCUUGCUAUUGAGCGUUUGGGAACCAGAUGGGCACAUGUGAGCUCGGCAAUAUUAUGGCCAAGGAGUUGACGGAAUUCAUCAUGAAUAAUGUGUUGAUGACUAGCAUAGAAUAGGAGCGGCA